UGUAAUGGACGGUGUUGUUCCUGAAAUGUGCACAGUCCGGGUCUCCUUUUCUUUGUUUUAACAGAUACAUGCCUUAAAUCACAAUCCAAUACUAUAAAUGGCUGACUACUGGAAAUCACAACCCAGGAAAUUCUGCCAAUACUGCAAGUGUUGGAUUGCAGACAAUAAGCCCAGCAUCGAAUUUCACGAAAGAGGGAAGAAUCACAAAGAAAAUGUGGCAGCCAAAAUUUCCGAGAUCAAAAAGAAGAGUGUUCAAAAAGCGAAGCAAGAGGACCGUAUGUCAAAACAGUUUGCAGCAAUGGAAGAGGCUGCACUGAAGGCAUAUGAGGAAGACCUGAAGAGGAUGGAAAUGGAAGCAGGAUCUGGUCCCUGUGUCCAAACACCAGUAUUGCCACAACCUAAAGCACCACCACUGGUACUGUGCGAGCUACCACCGCAUCGCAAAAAAUAUCAAAAGAAAACAGACAAAGCAAGGAAGUCAUCUGUGGAGCAAAAGAGAACACAAACUUGGGUUGAAGGAUGGACAAAUGACAGGCACGCAUACUAUUACAACACAGUAACUGGAGACUCUCAGUGGGAUAGACCUGAAGGCUUUCUGAGUAGCUCAGACUUUGUGCAGCCUGGACAGUACGAGAGCACUUCAGAUAGUGCUUGGAUGGAAGGGGUCAGUCCUGAAGGAUACGCAUAUUGGUACAACACAGAAACGGGAGAGUCCAGAUGGGAAAAGCCAAAUGACAUAGCCACGAAUGAAACCACUGAAUCCAGCUUGGCAUCUGGCAGUGAGAAAGUGCUUCAGGAGGAACUGACUUUAGGAGAAGAGGGCUGUAAUGGGGCUCAGUUGUCACAGGGUGAUGAAGUCACUGAACAACAGAGCCUGCCAUCCACUGUCCCAGAAAAUAGCUCAAGGAAACGAAAAGUGGACGGGGAACACUUAGGAACGGAUGAAGAUGAUCAAACAAGCAACAAAAUGCCUGGAGAGUAUGUUAAGGAGGAAAAAAAAGAGUCCCUAAGCACAACCAUUGAACCUACAAAGAAAAAGCAGGAAGAGGUGGCAAAAACUAAGAAGCCAAAAUCACUGAACCCAUAUGGGGCCUGGGAACAGAUUAAGGAGGAGAAGGAUCCAUACACCAGUGUGGACUUAGAGUUGCCCCAAGUAGCUGUCGAGGAGGUUGCACCAACAGAGUUGCCGCCAGAACUGAAAUUCAAGUUCAAGGAGCGCAUCAUCACCUCACUCAGAGUUGAAGGCGGGCUCGCUUCUUUUAAGAAAAGCAAGACACAGAAUGGCAAAUCCAGAAGCUUUCGACAGAGAGACAAUAAUGACUAGCCAGAUUUUUUUUUCAGUUAUCUGAAUUCUAAUAAAUCUGAUUUUGUAGCUCAAGUUCAUUUUACUGCUGCUUUUGAACAUGUGCGGGAGGUUAAUGGUCAGCUGGCAACUUGUGACCAGCUGGUGGUAGUGAGUGUAUAAAGCUGAUAGGUGGCCUCACAGUCUCAUCAGGACAACUUUAGUGACCUCAGCGUCUACAAAUAAAACAUUUGUCCUUAAAAAUGUUUCCUAAAAAUAAAUUUUCAGUUUAUAACAAAUAUUUUUUGGUUAUUUUAUUUUAGGAUGCAUGGCUGAUGUACAGUAAAUUGCAAAUUAUAUAAAUAUACAUAUUUACACAAAAAAAUUAAACUUUAAUAUAACAAAUAAAUUGCAAUGUGACAACACCUCAUAUCCCCUGUUUUCAACAUUGUUGCUGAAAACUAUCAAGGCCCAAACUUGACAGCCAGCUUUGGCGUGUGUCAGUCUGCAGAAGAGUACAAACUUAUUCUGCUCUUCUCCACCAGGUCCAGAAGAGCCUCCCUUUCUGCGUGUUCAAGCACGACCGUGAUGAGAUCAUCAAGCGCCUCUCCUCCUCGCAUGAACUCCUGACAUGUAUUGGAACAUGUAGAAAUGUGACAGACGGCAUAGCUUGGGUCACAUUAAAAGUUCAGUUUCUGGCUCUAACCUUAAUAUCUCUGCAAAUGUAGCCAAUGCGGUGGUCUGUGAUCCGAUCCUGGCUGAAGUUGUAGGUGCGAAUCCUUUCUGACUGCGAGCGUGUUCCCACCUGACACGAACAGACACGGCUGUGUGUGAAUGAAGAGUUGCAAUGAAAGAAUCGAUUGUUCAAUAAAAUAUUUAAAACUUAAGUUAUACUUACGAAGAACUCUAUUGAAAUGUCAUGCUUUUUAAUUAUAUUACAUUGCAUGGCUGUCUUGUGAGAUUUUUUUUUAUAUUCAUGUCUAAUAUUUCCAAAAUUCCCAAGCUUAACUUCCCAUGGAAAUUUACAAGAAAUGUUCCACACCUUGCCACUAUACUUGAAAAUUAGGUCUUUAACAAUACACCAAAGUUAAGCAUUUGCAUCUCAAUUUUUGACAUUUUUUAUUUUAGAAAUUAAUACAAUUCAUAUUUUUAUGAAGAAAACAUACUAUAUAAAUGUAUUUACAACAAUACUAUUAUAGUGAGGAUAAACAGUACAGAAAAUGGAUAGAUAUAGAGUAUAUAAUUUAUUAAUAUAAUAAAAAAUUUUCAGAGUUGA